CACUGAAUGAGAUGGCAGAACAUCACCAAACAAGAUGGUGAGGAAAGAUAGACCAAGAAACAGUGAGAUACACCUAAUUUAUAUAUGUACAGUGAUUUCGACAGACUGGUAGAGACAUAAGAGAAACAUACUCCUUGACCUGCUGAGUUCCUCGACCACAAUGUUUCUUGCUGCUGGAUUUAGACCAUCAGUCACUGCUGUUGUAGGCUUAUCGUUUGGACGCUACAUUGUUGAACCGUUCUUUGACCCUUGUCCAGCUCCACCUUUGGCAGUAAAACUUCUCACAGCUUGUGGAGUCUCUCUGGUAAUAUGCAUAAAUUCGUGGAGUGUGAAUUGGACUGCCCGAAUUCAAACCUUUCUCACAUUCUCCAAACUGGUGGCACUGGGACUGAUCAUCACUCCGGGGAUAAUUGCUUUGUCUCAAGGUCGCAAUGAAAACUUUCAACAUGCUUUUAACAGCAGUUCAGUCACACUAGACACAAUUCCAUUGGCCUUCUAUUCAGGCAUGUUUGCUUACAGUGGCUGGUUUUAUGUGAACUUUUUCAGCGAGGAGGUGAUUAACCCAGAAAGGACUAUCCCUCUGGCAAUUGUCUUCACCCUGAUUCUUAUUACGGUAUUGUAUCUGCUUGUAAAUGUGGCUUACUACACCGUGUUGACAGCAGAUGAGGUGUUGGCCUCUGGUGCGGUAGCUGUGACUUUUGCAGAUCGGACACUGAGUGGUUUUUCCUCAGUCAUUCAAAUUCUUGUGUCACUGUCAUGUCUUGGAGCUCUAACUGUGGGUCUGUUUUCUGCUUCCAGAGUAUUCUUUGUGGCUUCAAGAGAAAACCAAUGGCCAACAAUCUUCUCCAUGAUCCACAUCCAGCACCACACCCCACUUCCGGCUGUAAUUCUGAUAUAUCCUCUGGUCAUCCUGAUGAUUUUCAUUGGUGAUCUGUAUGGUUUGCUGAAUUUAAACAGCUUUCCACGUUGGCUGUUUAUGGGAUUAGUCACCCUUGGACUCAUCCGGCACCGUUAUAAACAGCCUGAUCUCUACCGUCCAUUCAAGGUUCCAAUUAUCAUACCUGGAACCUUUAGUGCACUGUGUCUAUUCAUAGUGGCGACGUCUCUGUACUCUGACCCUCUCAGCACUGGAAUUAGCUGUGCUUUAACACUUUCUGGUGUACCUGUCUAUUACCUGAUGAUAAAAAGACAACAGCGACCAGGCUGGUACAGAAAAGCACUUUAUCUCUUCACUGUCAAACUGCAAAUUUUAAUGCAAGUAGUGCAACAGGAGAUUGUAACCUACUGAAAAUUUGCCAGCAAGCGCAUGAAUUUUCUGUGAAUUCACAACAGUCAUUGCUAAGAGACAUUCACAAAGUAUAUUUCCUGAACUUAGAUCUGUAUGUGAAAAUUCCAUUCUCACUAACUGUGUGUGUGAAUUCUUAUGUAACAAAAACUGUUAAUUUUUUUUAAUGCUAUUUUAACUAUUUUGAAUUCUAAAUAUAAAUGAAAACUGCUGGAUAAACUGUGUAUAUCUGUCAGCAUUUGAAUUUGUAAAAGUAAACAAAAUCAACAGAGAGGAAUAAUGAUAAAAGGGAAAAAUUAAAGAUAGUAAGAAACAGUAAUUUAUUGUGUCUUUUUAAAAUUCAUAUACAGUGCAAUGAAUUGCUUAGUUGCUUGUGGUACAUAAUUGAUACAACUUGUCCCAAAUAUAAGGACCUUAAUUUGCACAGGGGUUUAAGAGUCCAGGAAAAAAAAACUUUUAAAAUGUCUCAUUUUGUUUGAAAUAGACAUUACCAAAUAAUUUUAAACAUGAAUCUAAAUGACCAAAAUCAACAAACACCUAACUACAUCUAUUGAGAU